AUGCUAAUUUAUAAGAGAGGAUUGACAUUAGCAAUGAACGAUAUAAACGGCGGUACUGAUAUUUUGCAAAAUUUUCAAUUAAAGCUCAAUGAUUUUGACUGCGGCGUACUUGCAUAUAAUGCAACUUUUAACUAUAAUUGCCUUAAAAAAGGUAAAGACACGCUAGGAUUAGCUCAUAUAUUUUCUCCUGGCUCUGAGUUGCUUAUGGAGAAAUUUCUAAUCUGGCAAAAUUAA